ACCGGCUUUACGCUGAAAUACCGCGAAACCGGUUGCUUUACGAUUUUACAUCCUGAAAGAGAAGCUCGUUUCAUAGUCGAGUAGCCGCUGGGACAUUCCAAAUCCUAAUCUUUCUCUGUUCUCUCGGAAACGUCUCGCACAAGUAAGACUAAAAAAAAUAUUACUAGCGCAAGUAUGGAAAUUAGAGCACUCUGAUUUCGUCUGAGGAAAAAAAUAUAUACAUCGAUCGAAAGUGAUAAAAAUUAUAUUGCUUCGAUCUUUCGGCAGAUUUUGCUGAAGCUUCUCAGCUCUGAAGUAAAGAUGACCGAGAAAAAUCCGUCUGCUGAUAAAACUGCCACCUACAAAAACAUUUCAACUACGGCAAUGUUAACAUCUGAUGAAGAAGAUCCCCAAACAAGAGUGGAAGUGAUCGAGACCGAGAAAGUACGACUUGGAUGGGACAAUAAAGUCCAAUUUCUUCUCUCUGCGAUCGGGUUUGCGGUUGGUUUGGGAAACGUUUGGAGGUUUCCAUGGCUUUGCCAGAAAAAUGGAGGAGGUAUACUCAUUUUAUCAAAUUUUCCUAAUCAGUUUUUCUUGAAUACUAAAAAUAUGAUUUUAGAGUUAGGUACAAUAAGAAAAGGUUGAUUUACUCCCCUCGUAAUUGCCAUUUAUCAAGUAUUUGAAUGUGAAAUCCUCAACAUAAGAGCGAACUUUAUGAAAAAUCAAUCUAGGCUCAUCUCUUAAAUGAAAGAGCGUCUCUGAUUCCUUGAGGAUCCGUGAAUUUUAAAUCUAUUGUCAAUAGAUUUAAAAUUAAUAAAGAAACAGCGAUAAAUUCACGUUCCCUCGGGAGUAUCUUGAAAUUCAACAGGAACAAUGAAUAAAAAACACUUCAAAGUGUGAGGGAACAUUAGCAUUGCCGUCAAAUUCCGACCAAAAUGAUUCGCUCCCCUGAACGACAGAAUAAUGACUGAAACAGAAAAAGUGCUCGAAAAUUUCAAAAAAUUUCACAAACUAUUACACAAAAUAUUAAAAAUUGAAAUUCUAGCAAAAGGCAUUGCUUCUUUUUUAUUCCAACCAAUCGAUAACUUUCAAUCCUUUUUUUUUUUAACUCAAUAAAACUAACGCCCUGAAUACGGUAGGCAAGAUCAUAUAGCCAUAGCACACUUCACAAUAGUUAGGACUUAAUCUGGGAGACAAUUAACAAUGAAACACUAAGUUUUGGAAAACAAAAUUUUACAGAUGUGCGCGAGAACAAAAAUAAAUAGCGUUUCUCUCUGCCCUCAGUCGGGAGUCCUUCAGCCGUGCCAAAAAAAGUUCAACCAGAAUCAGAGCGAUCAACUUUCUUAGUAGGAUAUUUUCCACUUUUGAACCGAUUUUCGAUGCCGGAUUUAUUUAUCUGUGAGACAUGUUAUCGCAUCGGUCAAACAAAAUUUAUGGGAGGAAUACGCCUGCCAUCUGAUGUUAUCGACAUCUUUUUCAUCCAAGUUCCUAUAUCCAAAAUCAAGAAAUAACUUAGAGUACGGCCUUGGAGAGCAAGGAAUGCUUUCUUUUGUAACCGCAAUAUGACACAAGCUCAAUUCGUCUGUUUUGUUCUUGUUUUCUUUCCUCCAUGAUUUUUUUUAGAAGCUGAGAUCAAAGUCCACAAAUUUGGCGGCAAAUAUUCUGCACCCGCUGCAGGGGGGUUUUACGGGUGUUUUUUUUAAGGUGAAAUGUUAUCGCUAAGAGCUCAAUCUUGAUUCUCUUUUGUAACUUUGGGAUUAUCUCAAGGAUACGACCUUAUUUAUGGAGUCUGGAAGAUUUGGUAUAAGUGUUUUCCGGAUCUCUUGAGAAAAGAGACAGCAGGUUGUCGUCGGUUGAUCAGUUACCGAAAAAUGUCUCAGUUUUAAACAAAGUUGAAGUGGAGCAGGUCUAGGUUAAGUGGAUGCCUCAGGAAAAAAAUAAUAAAACAAAAAUAAUCAUAGCCUGGUGGUAAAAUUGAAUACACUUUGAAAAUGAGGCUGAAAAGUUAUUCAUUGAAGAAAUGCUUCUAUACACUGUGUGAAUCAGAUAAAAGUAAUUAGCAAACAUUUUCCCUGCACGAGGUAAAAAUGUUUGCAUUCCAGGUUCCGAACACUUACGUUUCUAAUGGCGAGAAUUGACAUUUUUAAUUUAGGAACACCUUAAAGAUCACGCUAUUAGGAUGGAACUUUCGAGAAAGGGUAAUGAAAGGGUCCGAAACGUUUCCGUAUCAUUGUUCACGGAGUUUUUCAUCACGACAGGGUACGGAAAUUUAGGUUUUGACAGCUCUCUGCUGAAAAAGUAAUUGGAAUGAAGCUUUCUGUGCAUUUACAUGAAACCGGGCAAAUAUUUUCUUUACUGAUCAGUUUAUUUAGAUCUAUGUACAUUUAAAAACAUCUUAUUUUGAAUUUAAGCGGAAGGGACAUGGAGGGGGUCCUUUCCGUUCCUAAAUAUUUGGACUCCGAAAAGUAAACCAUUAAGGACCUAUGCACAUAUUAAAUAAUUCAAGCAUCAUUGUCGUUCUGUUUUAUUACUAUUUUUUAAUGAAAUUUCUAUUCUUUUUCUCGUAAUAAUUUCAAAAAGUUGUGCAUCUCUCGAUAAAUAUCGUAACGUCAUCAGAAACUUGAAAAUAAAAUAGUCCAGAACAUGCAUAAGACGUGAAACAAACUAAACUUGAUGGAAAUUAGGGCGUUGGUCUUAGGCCGCAAUUCUACAGCGAUUAGAUUUUCGAUGUUUUGAUUAUGAACGUAAAACUGCGGUAAAACACACGUUCUAUACAUUAGUGACGAUAAUACAGGGCUGCUGGUCCAGUAAAAACGAUUGGUAUCGAAUGCUUGCGGUUUUUCACAAUGAGUGUAAAUUUUAAGACCAGUUUCCAUUACACCGUUUUCGGCAAUUGCUCAGAUUCGAUGGCCCUGCCCUUAGUCAUAAAAUAUAGUAAAGCAUCCAGUUCUUUGUGGCCACGAUCUUAGGAAAUCAAAAUCAAUCUCGACAUUUAAACGAAUUACAUUAAGAAAUCAUGAGUGAUGAUUAUUUCUCGUGUCUAUACUUCAGCUUAUAUGAAUGCAUCCAGACUUUCGCCAUUUCACUUGAUAAAAUUUUUAGCCUAGGGUUAUGGCGGAACUGGCUCAUGCUCUAUCUCGAGACGUAACUCAAGAUUGUAUGAUUAGAUAACUCAGGGAAAAAAAUUGACGAAAGGUAGACCACCAAAACACCUGAUAACAUUAAAGUCUCUAUUUUACCGGCGGCUUUGUUUGCGAGCAGUACUGACAAGAUCCACUGCUAUCAGCUGAAUGUGGCGAUUAUUCCUCCCUCUGCAAAGUGAUUAACAGAAGUUUAUCAAAGGACCUAAAAGUCCUCAUCGUGCAGAGUUAAACAUUACCCUGCCGAUCUAUACGAGCGUUUUGACGGAAAGAUGUAUCUUUUCGGUUUCAACAGUCCAGUCAAGUUUGACUUCCACUAUGCGUUCAUUUUUACCUUAGUAUACUAUAAUUAACAAAGUUUUUCUAUAAUCCUUUUUUUUCCUUUUCUUAGGCGCUUUUUUGAUACCCUACUUUGUCAUGCUGAUAUUCGAGGGAAUACCGAUCUUCUACUUGGAACUCAGUAUCGGUCAACGCCUUCGUCAAGGAGCUAUCAACGUCUGGAGCACAGUUAGUCCCUACCUGGGAGGUGUAGGGAUUGCAACAACGGUGGUUAGCAUACUGGUCGCCAGCUAUUACAACGUGGUCAUCGGUUGGGUGUUGUUCUACUUCGUCCAGUCGUUCCAGUCCCCUCUACCGUGGGCAGAGUGUCCUCAAGUGGCAAGCCCUAACGGCACUGAGUUAACAAUACCAAGAGAAUGCUCCGAGAGCAGUCCAACUGCUUACUUUUACCACAGAGAGACUUUGAUGCACGCCAACAGAAUAGAGGAGAGCGCAGAGAUCAACUGGAAGUUAGCCGUGGCCCUUGUAGUUGCGUGGGUGUUGGCCUACCUGUGCAUCAUCAAAAGCAUCCAGUCGUCUGGCAAGGUACGAUAAUUUUUCAAGUAUUGUCAACUUAUUUCUUUGUCAUUAAGCUCAGGCUCGUAAUGCAUGCAACAGUCUACCACGGUUAACAAAUUCCUUACAGAAAAUUUCAAAACUAUGCUGAAUCACUUUAAAAGCAAAUGAGGGUACUUUUAUCUAUCCUGCUAUAAACGCGAAAAUGAUUUUUUUUGGAAUAUUUUACCAUCUGUUAAAAUAAUGUCACGGUAAGCCAUGGUGUUAUCUUGCAGAUCGUCUACUUCACAGCAACAUUUCCAUAUCUGGUCCUCUUUGCAUUCUUCAUUCGGGGUCUACUUUUGAAAGGCUUUGAAAAGGGAAUAAUACAUUUGUUUACUCCAAAGGUAUGUAUAUCCUUUAAAAGUCGGGAUCUUUGCACUGAAAGGAAAAGAAGACAAGUUAGAAGAGGAAAAAAAAACUCAGGGAGGUUGUGUUACGUUAGUCUGCGUUAAGUUCUCAUGAUGUACUUCUGGGGGAAAUAGGCUAAAUUAGGUAUCCCUCUCUGCUGAUUAAUUAAAAAAAAAUUAAAGAUAGGCCAGGAAUUGUGAGGAAGAGUUAGGGAGAUAGUAAUAAGAUAAAGGGACACUUAGGUGUGGCGUGACAGUUGGGCCUCUGGUGUCCAAGCCUGUUAAAAUUGUAAACAUUUGAUAUAUGAAUCGGAAAAAUCUUAGGAAAAGUUAUGAGGAGACUCGCUUGAUAGGAUCGGCUUAUGCACAGUUGGGAUCAUCCAGCUGCCACUGUAGACCAAAAUAGACCUGCUUGACCUUCGCUGUCGCGCAGGUCCGAGGAAUAAGGGUAGAUGCCACGAUAGCAUUAACUGCUUUUUCAAUUUCAAAACCUUUGCAUGCUAGGAACUGAAACGUGAUGACUCCUACAAAGGUCAUUUGAUUGCUCUGAAAAUAUUAAUUUUUGAAGCAGGAGUGCUCGCAUCUUGCGGCUACCCGGAGGUCCAGAUUGUCUAAAAAAAGUAAGCUCUUUCUUAGCUGUAAUUAUUCUUUGGAUGAGACGAGUUAACCCCAGCCAAAAAAAGGUUUAGAGGUGUCUUGAUGUCAUCGCAUCCUUGCAAUUCUUUUGUCAUAACGACAAUUGUCAAUAAGUCGCAGUUAACUGCUGUUAACUAAGCUUAAACUGAACAAUCCAUGGUUCGCUUAACUUAGAAGCUGUGAGAGGGCUUACUGAGAGAGGGCUUUCUUAGAUAGAUAGUUUAUGUAAAGGAGUAGUAAAAGAGAAGGUCUAACCAUUAAUCCCUCUCCAAGAUGAUAACUAACGUCUAACUGCAGUAGAGGUUUCUGCGAUUCCAAUGCAGUUUAACACUGCGGUCCCAAUGAUGUAGCUCCAGCAAACUUGGACAGCGUAAGUAUGGACCAUGUGAUGUCUGCAAUUCUAAUGCAGAAAAGUGCCAUAUCGGAGAUGUAUCGAACCCUUAAACUGCAAUUCAAAUGCAGCAUAAUCAUAAGAACGGUUUUUUUAGUUUCCUGCAAUUCAAAUGCAGUUUUCCCUCGUUUGACUCACCCUCGCUAUCAUAAUACUUCAAAUCACUUCAUACCGGCCAAAUUAGUCGCGACAACUCCAUGCCAGGCAUCUGCAAUUCCAGUGCAGUCUCAAGCCUGCUGGUGAGCAUUGCUGCUAAAAUCGGUUGUUUCCGCUCAGUCUUAAACCCUUUCAAAAGAGCACCACCAGAUUCCGCAUCGUACCACAUUAAGCUACUUCCGCAAGUUCUUUUAACGCUGAAAUCCUUUCUGCAAUUCCAAUGCAGUUCCCUAAGUCAAAACAGUGAGCAAGAUAAGAGAUUCGGCGUUGUUUGGAAGGAAUGCAAAACAGUGGGAGAAACCUUUUCCUAUCUUCAUAACUCGGCAAUUCCAAUGCAGAGUUUUAAAUCUCUCGGGACUUUUCCAAACAAAUAGGAUAUACCCUAACAAUGCAGCUUACAACUAACUACUAGGUACGGUUCUUGUCAAUAACUGUAGGCCGGCUCGGCAACGAAGACGUCAUCUACGUGUAUCAGUUUUUCCCGUCCCAUGAAGAGGUUCGAGGCUUCACAAACCACACCGGCGACUCCUAAACCAUCAAUUACAGACAAACGUGUGCAAUUCCAAUGCAUUAAACAUUCAAUGAAAAGUCAACAGACACUAACAUACAUCCAUGCUUCAAAUGUAGAGACUCAGGAUGGGAACAAUGUGAUCAGUACAAAGUGAGGAUCUCGAUUCUGAGGUUUAAAUCGAGGUGGGCAUCGCGUAGACAUAUUUCAAAUGCACAAUUAAAGACAUAUGUAAUUUAUUAAUAAAGCUUCAUAAAUCUCCAUUCUCUGCAGAGUAACAAAAUUGUUUGCUAUAGUGAAAGGAAUAAUGCUGUGUGCUGUGCCUUUAGAGUUCAGUGCCAGCUGUAAAUCGUAGAAUAUCACUGAAAUUUGGCGUUCUCGAAACGCGGACAUUCUUUGGAAAAGAAACUUGGACAUCGCGUCUUAUGCAUUGAAACAUGCACAUCUUUCUGAAACAAUUAUAAAAGAUAAACUAAGCUAUUCUUAAAAUUUAUUUAAUCAGAUAUAACACAUCUUAAUGCUGUUUACUGCGCCUUGUGCCCAGUCACGGCAAUCGGACCAACGCAGUAGUUCUCAAAACACUGAUUGAACAACAAAAACACAAUGAUAUGGUUAGUUUUUUUGCUGAGCCCUGUGCCCAGUAAUCACUAUCAUUUUUAAACGCAGUAGUUCACAAAAACUCUCAAUCUCUUAAAUCAAUAUUCUCCAAAUGAACUAAGCGAAGAGAAAAGAAUGCUGACCGCUGCGCCAUGGUGCCCAGUGGUAGUAACCAACCAAAUACCCAGUCGUUCUCAAAACACUGGUUCCUAUAUUUAAAACAUCGAUUAAUAUUCUAAAAUGCUGAUUGCUGCGUCUUGGUGCCCAGUAACAGUUGUCAAUCGGAUACCCAGUAGUUCUCAAAACACUGGUUCUUUUAUUCACAAAAACGAUUUGAAUCUCUAAAAUGCUGAUUGCUGCGUCUUGGUGCCCAGUAACAGCUGCCAAUCAGAUCCCAGUAGUUCUCAAAACACUGGUUUUCUCUAAAUACUAAGGUGACUUCUAAACUUUGAAUGCUGAUGCUGCGCCAUAAUGCCCAGUAACAGCUGCCGAUCAAGUACCCAGUAGUUCUCAAAACACUGGUUGUUCUACAGAUGCAAAAUAUAUACUUAAAAGCUGGAUACUGCGCUUUGUGCCCAGUUUCAGCUACCAGUUAGUCCCAGUAGUUCUCAAAACACUGGCAGAAGAGACAAAUUGAGGUGUUCUGGUCUAUCGAUCAAGCAUCUAAAGCACCCUGAAAUAAGAUGUAAAAUAUGUUUGGAUCUUCUGCUGUGUCCGGCACUCAGCGGAAGAGCUCAUUCGCUUGCACAGUUGUUCUCGAAACACUGAAGUCGUCUGCAUGAUAGCCGCAAAUUUAACAUUUAACAUCUGAUAACUUAAACCUGGUGAGCUAAGUGUAUUGCUCAUCAUUUACUUAUUUCUCCAAUUAAAUGGACCAUAAACUGAAUACUAACGUUAAACUCUUAGUUAAAGGUAAAAGAACUGAAUACAUCAACAUCAAAACCUGUCUGGCACUGAUCUCUGCGCCUCGAGCCCAGAUGAAAUGUGUCGAUCAAAGCAGAACUCAGUAGUUCUCGAAACACUGAUUUAUGUUUUCAUCAACAGUGGGAUCGACUUCUGGACCCACUGGUCUGGCUGGACGCAGCUACACAAAUCUUCUUCUCUUUGGGCCUGGCAUUUGGCACAAUGAUUGCCUAUGCCAGUUACAAUCCUAUUCAUGGAAACACACUACGUGAUACCAUUACAAUUUCCGUCGCUAACUGUAUGACUUCCCUGUUCGCUGGGAUUGUUGUUUUCUCCAUUUUAGGAUUCAGGUAAGAGAACUCAUCCCUGUUUCAUCGAAAAACAUAUGAAGAUCCAAUCAGUUUAGACCAGAACUCUCCGACCCUUUCCUUCAACCCACAUUUUGGAUAGAGUAUAGCCAAGAGAAAACUGCUUCCUUCUACAGUUUAGCGCCUCAAUUUGCCAAAAUUCAGCAAAUUCUAAUGGUACUGAGCUCACAAGAUUAUUCAUUUCUGGCAAGACCACUAUUAAGCUCGAAAAUUGACCGAGACACGGCGAGUAAUAAAGUGCCAUAAGGUCUCUCCUUUGCGAGGAAAUCCCGGUUGUCGACGAAAAACAGGUUGUGCAUAACUCCGAGAAGUUUGACGAUAGUUUUGGCGCGAUCUUCAGACCGGCCGUGACAAAUUAGUCGUUACCGCAAACACGUUUUUUAGGCCAUACCUCAACGAAAUACCGAAGAUCAGUCCAUGGUGUCACUGUCUGCCUGUCGAGUUUACAAAUCGAUCAUUGGCAAUAGGUUCUUCUACAGAAUUACAAAUACAGCACACGCCGUUUCCAAGCGUACAAAACCGUGUCAACUAAUAUAUGAGUACCGGGUCAGUAGAAACAUUUAGCCAAAUCCGUGUUGCGGGUCUCCGCCAUCGCUGACCAUCUUGGUUAUCUCUGGUGUUUUCGUCUACCCUCUAUGGAAAGCUGAAAAUGACCCAAACAUUGUGACGCAUGCAAGUCCUUUAAACUGACCAAAAGAAAAAAGGCCCGGCCAACGGGGUUUGGGUAUUCAGGUUCCCAGGGUCUUUUUCUAAAAUAUCAAAUACAUAAUUUACUAUCACAGGAAAGGUAUGAGUUAUUUCGUUCAAGUCAAAAAUUGUGGGGAUUUGACUUUAAAAAUGUAACAACUUUAAGAUAUAUCGGUAGUUUAAUGGAACAAGAUCGGGUUCAUCAGUAUUCCACUAACCCUUGAGCGGAAAUAACAAGGAGGGAACCACAGAGUAUAAGUGAGGUUCAUUCUUGGACAAAAUAGAUAGAAAAACUAGAAUAACCCUCCAAAAAUUUAAAGAUCUAACAAAGGACGCGUUUUGGACUUCAUCUUUGUUAUGGAAGGGAAAGGGGUUGAUCAUGAAUUUUCGUUUCGUCUAAAACGGUGGGAGGCUGUUUUGAAAAGUAGGAUGGGAGCACAAGACUUUGUUUGAGCACCUUUGUGAAAUACGUUUACGUUUUCACAGAGCAACCUACAUGAUGGAAAACUGUGAAGCAAACAAUGCCAAACUCUUGGAGCGCCUCAACUCAACAGCUCACCAGCUGAACACAACUGGAUUGUCCGCUCAUCACGGCAAUGGUACAAACAAUAUCACAAGUGGAUAUGUACUUCAAAAAUGCGAUCUGGAAACUUUCCUUUCCGAUGUAGGUGAACAGUUAUGCGUGCUUAGUCUUCAGUUUUUCAAGUAGUCCUGUAAUCUAGUGCAAGUCAAACUAGAUAACGUUUGGCGUCUUUGUUUCUCAACUGAAUAUCGUGUUAAAAAAGCGAAAACAUAUCGGUUUGGUUUGGAGUAUCCUAAGGAAAGUGGUAAUUUUAAAACUAAUUGUUUAAGGCUCCAAAAGAACAAUAGCCUUCACAAAGGCGUAGCUCGGGGGGGAGGAGUCCUGGGGUGCCCCUCCCCCUUUUGUAAGCCUUUUUAAAAGUAAAACACGGCGCGGAGGUCGGCACAACAAUCUGGAGAAUACCCUAACAGGUGUAACCCCUCCCUUCCCCUUUGAAAAAUCCUGGCUACGCCCCUGUGUCAGUCCUCAGUAAUCUUAGGUAUUGAAGAAUCGCUUCUUCGUAAUUUACUAAACAUCGUGUCAGGUAGGUGCACUUUCUUGAAAGGAUAGAAUUUACGACUGGGUCAUGAUUUAGAUAAGCUGAGUGUCUCUUUUCUGCUGCACCAUACCGUGAAUGCCAUUUGCAAAGCUCAGUGGAAAUCAAAGCGAGAAAUUCUUGGUGCCACGACCCUAAUUGCUAAGGCCACCUUAAAUUUUUUGAUAUCCAAUAGGCAGCCAGUGGUCCAGGAUUGGUUUUUAUUGCUUUCACCGAUGCCAUCAACCAAAUGCCUGGGGCAACCUUCUGGUCUAUCUUGUUCUUCCUCAUGCUUCUAACCCUUGGGCUGGACAGCUUGUUUGGAGCGCUGGAAAGUGUAACGACAGCCUUGCAAGACGUCAGAGGAUUUGGAAAACUAAGACGCGAAAUUCUAUCUGGUAAGGAGUCUCAUAGUCUUUUUUUUUUUUUCAGAUACAAGAAGGGAAUUCGUAGAAUGUCUUUUCUGUUUAUUGAGGGAAUUUUGACCAAUAAGAGCAUAGGGUACUCACCACGAAUCAGGAAGACUCAGUUUCCUCGCUCGCAACGAGGUAAAAGGAACGAAAUACCAGCGCAAAUUGGCUAGUAACAAAACUGUCAGAGGAAACACUUUUCAAUCCUUCUCUCCCUCUUAAAUUGGAGCAUAGAACAAACAUACCCCAUACAAGCUUUACAUUAUUGAAGUAAGAGAAACUUGCACAAAUCAAAUUGAAAUGAGGCGUCGUGAAUUCAGAUAUAUGCAGAUGCGAGUGACAGAUCAUGAACGCCCAAGUCAAAUCUAAAUUCGGUAAUAAUCAAGCGUAAUCUUUUGUAUGUUGCAACGUGUGUAGUAAAUCUGUUUUAUUCCAGGGCUUCUGUGCAUCACUGGCCUAUGUAUCGGUCUUCCCAUGGUCACAUAUUCUGGUGAAUAUAUUCUUCAGAUGUUUGACAGUUUCGCAGGCAACCUUCCCCUGUUACUCAUCGCAAUCUGCGAGUGUGUCGGUGUUUGCUAUUUCUAUGGCAUAACAAGGUAGAGUUGAUUUCAAAUUUGUCGUAUCGAUUACAACACAAGCUUUUCUAAGAUAAAAAUGAAGACAUCCGGGAACAGACAAUGCUAAGUUACCUUUAUUCCUCCUUCGUUGACAGAUUUUCUGAUGAUAUAGAGUACAUGACGGGUACUCGACCAAACAUCUUUUGGAAAAUCUGCUGGAUGCUCGUCACCCCAGUUGCCAUGUUGGUUAUCCUGAUCGCCAGCAUCGUUCUCAUGUCGCAAGGAAAGGCUUCUUACUAUGCCUGGAACAAGGAAAUGGUAAGCAAACUAUAGGCUCUUUAAUCGUUUCACACCCAGAUCUCAUGGUAACUCUCCUUAGUGUCUGCCAUGUUCUCACUGAGGAUGUUAGUUCGUAGAGUUUGGUAUUAGAUCAACUAAUGAUUGCCCAACUGAUGUUUAAACAGGUCUUGAUUCUUUUUAACCCUUUAACUCCCAUGAGUGACCAAAACAGAAUUUCUCCUCACCAAAAUCAGUACAAUUUCAAGCAUACGAGCAAUGAGAAUAAAGAACAAGAUCAAUUAGGGGAUUAUUAGUUGAUCCAAUACCAAAUUCUCUGAACUAACAUCACAAGAAUUAUAUGGCAGGUUGUAAGGAGAAUUACUAAUGAGAUCUCGGGAGUUAAAGGGUUAAAGCGUUGAGCUUUUUGCUAUAUCAUAAAUCCUUUAUUGACUAAGCUCGUUCGUCCAAGAUGGCUGAACGGAUUUUUUCCGUUUUUUAUACCUCGACUUCGUCACGGUCCAUAAAAACGCAAAAAAAAAAAAAAAGAACUCCGCCAAUAUCUUGCUAUCUUGACCUCACGCUUUAUCAAUAACGCAUAUUUAUCGAUCGUCCUAGUACUUUUCUUCAGGUAUUUAACAGUUUAUCUGAACUAGUGAUUCUUGAGUAUUAAUUCGUUUGUGGUGCUCCCUACUCAGGUCACUUACGAGAAGGUCCCCUAUCCAGACUGGGCAGUCUUCAUCGUGGUUGUACUUGUCCUGAUGUCAGUUCUCUUCAUUCCUGGCGUGGCUAUUGCACGAUACUUUAACCUAGUCAAGUAUCAAAAGUUGGAGCCUGUUCCAUUAAAGGAAGCUGAGGCGAAAUCUCACGAUAACGACUUUAGCGACACAAACGUUUAACUUAAUUUUCAUCAAGCAGUGGAUCCUAAUCUUUAGGACAAUCUCUGGGGCAUAAUAAUAGCGUUGUAUUAACAGGAUGGUUGUUCGCUUAGGUUCCACCUUACUAUGCUCAUAUACAUUUAGGUAAUAUUUACUCCUCGACACCUUCCCUUCUCCUCACUUUUGACCGUCGUCCACUCCCUUGGUGCAAAUUUCUUUCUCUUCUCAGCCUUCCGCUGCCAUGAAAGUCAAAGGUGGCGGUCAUAACUUAUGCUAAGAGAAUACUGAGCACUCGUUCGCCAAAAUUACGCUUGCUCUGCAAAAGGUGUCUAUUGGGGUGUCAAGGGUAAAAUUUUUCUUUUGUUUUCCCUUAACCUUUUAUACCCGAAAUCAAGCAUUUGAGUUCCCUUCAUUUUUCUCUAUACAUCUUUCCGCAACCUUUUGGAGAUCAAGGGAGUUUUCCCUUCCUCGGUCUUUUUGUUUAAUUAUUGUCGUGACCUCUACUAUUAGCGUUUUUUUUUCGGGAGAAGAAGUACGACGCUGGUAGUAUUUCGGGCUUACAAGGUUAACGGAACUACGUCAUAGAAAACUUGAAAGAAUCGAAGGCAACUUUGAAAUGUUUUGUAAUGUUAAUAAACACCAAAGAGUUAAAAAAUAAGCCAAAAAGGAUGGUUAAAGAUGGGGAAGAAUAACAAAGGACAAAAUUUUAGAGAUCGGGCUGAAGGUUUCACGAAGCACAAAGAGUAACGUAGUUCCUUCAACAGAUGUUAGUCUUCGGUUAAGUUUUAACCGCUUUAACAUAAAAACAGUCAUGUAAAACUAACUAAAAAAACUCGUUAUCAACACAUUCUCCUAACUAGCCAACUUGAGUUCCUGCCUCUUCCAUUACUCACCGAUCGAGUUGCCGGUUCCUUCUUGUUCUACGACGCAGUCGGUCUAGCCUUUGAUUGAACUCCAUGUUGCAAAAAUGUGCUAUUCAUAGAGGAUGAUUAUAAAUCAUUGUGAAAGAUGUUUUCUUCUAGCAAAAUCGAACACGUCUAUUGAAAAUAGAUUGUAAUCUGAUACAUACAUGUCAAAAACUUUAAAGAUAUUUUAAUUUUUAAUCAGUGGAAACAACUAAAGUUAUUUUGCGAUUUCUACGCAUUUGAAGGCUUUCUCACUUUGUGCAGGAUAUUUCGUUUCCUUUAAUUAUGUUACAUUAAAUAGGUGAGAAAAAGCCUUUUAUUUUUGUAUAAUCAUAAUUAGGAUAUUUAACUACAUUAAAAAAUAAUUAAAACAGUAAUUAAGCAUUAAUUUAGUUAGCGUAAAUCCAGUUGAUUACAUAUAUUAAUUAUACUGAUUCAAAUACUUUUAAAAAUAGUGAUCAAUAUCAUUUGAUCAGAUGUGCAUUUGAGUGUGAAAUUAUUAGUGCAAUUUAUUCUGUUAAAAGUUGUUAUGAUGACUCUGCCCUAAAUGCACAUUCACUAUAUAUCUAUAAGACAUGAUAUUCAGAUUGAACAAAGACAUCAAGUCACUUCCUUGACUUGCACACAUCAAUGAAUUCUAUUUGAAUGAAUCGUAUGCUGCCUAUGAGAAGGCCUUGCCUGCUACUGAUCCCAAAUGAACCAGUAAAAGUGUUCUUUCUGGUGACAAGCAGGUUACAUGGAGUCUUUACUAGAAUCUAGUAUAACCUGAUCACGGUCACUUGAAGUAUACGAAAUGCUACAAGUUUUAACUAAAACUGAUGUAGAUGGAGCAUAAAGAUAAGAAAUAAUUUCCUUACCACUACUCAAUUUCUUAAUAUACAAUAACACACUUUCUGAAUAUAUUACAACAACGUUUCACCA